AUGACGGCCGCCCAGCAAACCGCCAGCGUCCAGCACCUCCUCGACAGAUUCCCGAAGAGACCCUUCGAGCAAGCGGUGCUGAGCAAACUCGUCUCCGAGGAGCUGCGGAAGUACAAGGGCCACACCACCGACAACGUCAAGAGCAGAUGGGAGUUCCUGCUGAAGCAGGAGGUGUUCAGGCUAGCCGCUACCGAGGGGACUGCGCUGAAGACCGACGCAGACGCGUACUAUGACAGUCUCAGGGACAGGCUUGACCUGGUUCUUACAUUCACCGAACACGAUGCAUGCGACGUCUCCUUCCCGCUCACGGUCCUCCAGGACGUCCUCGAAGCGCAGACAAUCGCCUCAUGCUCACAGAUAUUCGCGUGGAUAGAAACGCAACAAGCCCGGCUCACGACCGGCAUGGCGCCGCAGAAGGGCAAAGCGCUCGUCCUGCUCCGGACACUCAACGACCUCCUCCGGCGCCUGUCCAAGGCCGGCUCGACGACGCUGUUCUGCGGGCGCAUCCUCACCUUCCUCAGCGGCGUCUUCCCGCUGGGCGAGCGGAGCGGCGUCAACUUGCGGGGGGAGUACGGGCCGAUAUGGGACGGACCGAGGGAGACCGAGGCGGCGAAGGCGGCGGACGAGUCGAGGGGCGAGGACGUGAGUGUAGAGGGCGCGAAAGAAGGCGGGGACAAGAUGGAGGUGGACGAGAGUCAGAAUGGCGAGAAGGCGAAGAAGUCGGACGGUUUCUAUAAUAUUUUCUGGUCUCUUCAACUCCCAUUUUCCCGCCCGCCAGUAUUCGCGUCGACCUACAAGUUUACUGACUUCCAAGCGGCGGUUGAGAAGGUUCUUCCUGUGCUUCGGGAGGCAGCCGUCAAGGAACGCGCUUUGAUGGGCAACCGGACCAACUCUGGCCAACCAACCGCACUCAAGAGGAAACGCGAGCCAGAGAUGGGGGAGCAGCUGAACAACAGCGACUAUUUCUUCGCGAAAUUUCUCACAAGCCCCGAGCUGCUCGAGCUCGAAAUCGCGGACACGCACUUCCGGCGGCAGAUACUAUUCCAACUCCUCAUUUUGCUACACCACCUCCUCCAGUUCACCAAGGCCGCCAAAGCGCAUUGGGCGACACCUCGGAACCGUUCGCUGCAGAUGGACUUUACGCUCGAGCCGGACGACGAUCAAUGGGUCCAGGAUACGAUGGCCAAGGCCGUUGCAGAAAUACGGUCGACCACGCCGAGCGGGCCCAUGUUCGCUGAGCUUGUCAACGUCAUCCUUGAACGAGAGAAGAACUGGGUGAAGUGGAAGAACGAGAUGUGCCCGCCAUUUGACAAGGAGCCUUGGUCGGCCGAGAAGGAUGGGAUGCGGGUUGGGCUUAUUGAGGCGACGGAGGAGCUGAGGGAGAAGAAACGGCAACCACCGCCGGAGUGGCCGCAUAGUCUGGGUUCUGAGUCGUUGACGGAGAUCUGGGAGAUGGGGUAUCGGGAAUUAUGGGACUUGCAGAAUCCCUUCCAACCCGGCGAUGUCAAGGAUUUCGUCAAGAAGAUCAAGCAGGAGGAUGCGCGAAUAGAGAUGCGCAAACAAACCUUGGCUCGGAACGCGCAACGAAUAGCACAAGCUCGGGCAAAGGCUGCUGCUGCAACACCUGCGAAGGAAGUUCCUGCGCCCACCGAGAACAUAUCGGCGCCACCAGCCGCACCUAAGACUUCUCAAGGCGAGUCCCUGCAGGCGACGUCACCUACACCAGGGCCAGGGCCAGGAAGUUCGGCGAUGCAUCCGUCAUUGCCUCCAAAGCCAGGAUCGACAUCAGCUGGAGGCGAAGGUGGACAAGCUGCCGCCUCGCCAACGCCUGGCACGCCCAUACCUGCACCCGCUGCCGCCUCGCCUGCGAUUGCACCUGCGCCCGCACCUGCACCUGCGCCUGCACCCGCACCCAUCAAGGAUGAUCAGAUAAAUGGGUUUGAAGAGAACAAACACCGAUGGUCUUGGCUAGCCCUGCGCACGGCCCGGGACCAGCACCUGCAGCAUUUCGGGAAAAUCGGCAACGGGGAUAUUAUUGCGCUGCAGAAGGAGAUCGAGGCCGAGGCUGAGCGGGAAGCAAGGGAACGGGAGAAGCCUGCGCCGAAGUCUGUCGAGACACCGGCAUGGUCCCACGUCGUCUACACGCUCCAGCAGACCCGGCGCUUCAAGGUCAUCACCAUCGACAACUACCACAACUCCCUCCCCGCUUCCCUCGCCCGCCUCACCAAGCUCGCCAAGGACGCCCUCCCGGAGAACCCGACCGCCGAUGACAAGGAGAGCACCGAGAUCGACUCUUUCCAGGGCGAUCUCACCAAGCCCGCGGACGUCCGCCCCAUCUUCGAGAAGUACGGCAAGGCCGGUAUCUGGGGUGUCAUUCACAUCGCCGCGUACAAGGCUGUCGGUGAAUCGACCGAGAUCCCUCUGACGUACUACGCCAACAACGUCGGCGCGACCGUCCAGCUCCUCCAGGUCAUGAACGAGUUCGACUGCACCCGCAUCGUCUACUCCUCCUCGGCCACCGUGUACGGUACCCCGCCUGUGAUCCCCAUCCCCGAGACGACGCGUCUGAAGGCGGACAGUCCCUAUGGCCGCACCAAGGUCAUGUCCGAGACCGUCAUCGACGAUCUCUGCCACGCUGAGCCCAAGCGCUGGCGCGGUAUCUCCCUCCGCUACUUCAACCCCGCCGGCGCCCACCCCUCCGGCGAGAUCGGCGAAGACCCGCGCGGCCGCCCGGGCAACCUCCUCCCGCUGCUCGCGCACAUGGCCGUCGGGCGCGUCAAAGACUCGACGCUCAAGGUGUUCGGCAACGACUACCCGACGCCGGACGGCACAUGCGUGCGCGACUACCUGCACGUGCUCGACCUCGCGUCGGGGCACCUGCUCGCGCUCGACGCGCUUGCUCCUGAGAGCACGAUCUUCGACAACUGCCCCGACGACGCGCGCUACAAGGCGUAUAACCUCGGCAAGGGCAGGGGCAUGUCUGUUCUCCAGAUCGUCGAGGCUAUGCGCACGGCGACGGGCUUCGACUUCAAGUACGAGAUCAUCGGCCGGCGCCGUGGCGAUGUCCCCGACCUGACUGCCAACCCCGCCCUUGCCGAGAAGGAGCUCGGCUUCAAGGCACCCCAGACGCUCGAGACCAUGUGUCGCGACCUCUGGAACUGGCAGACCAAGAACCCCCAGGGCUACGGCGAGCAGUGA